AUGAUGUCGAAAACAGUCUUUCAGCCUCUACACGACUCAAUUCGCAACGAACUCGACCCGGAAUAUGUCAAACUGCACGACAAUAUUUUACAGUACUGUGCACCCAGCGAGUCAGAGACAUGGAGUCCAGAUAUUAGAUCACGAGGUAGUCUCGUUGCAUUUGCGAGCCCAAAGCUAGUGGAAGUUGGCAAUAUCUCAGAUUUCAACGUCGAUGAAUAUCAAGUCCGGGUUUUUACUCCUGAAACUGAGACACCGUCAGGCGGAUGGCCAUGCUUUAUAUAUUAUCACGGCGGUGGUUGGGUGAUUGGCGAUUUGAGCAGCGAAAAUGGAUUCCUUACACAUAUCUGUAAAUACAUCAACUGCGUCGUUGUCUCAAUCAACUACCGUCAUGCACCCGAACAUUGUUAUCCGGUAGCCAUUGAUAACUCUUUUGCGGGAUUGAAAUGGGUCUUCACACCCGAAACUGCAACAAAACUCUCGAUUGACACCAAAAAAAUAGCUGUUGGAGGUCUAUCAGCGGGCGGUGGGCUGGCGGCAACCGUGUCAAUGAAGGCGGCUCUAGAUCCAGAGAUGGUGGAGAAGAUAGUCCGUCAGAUACUAAUUUGUCCAGUGAUCGACAACACGGCCACUGUUGACAGUGUAUGGGCGACAUCGAUGCAUUCACCAUGGCUGACACCCUCGCGUAUGACGUGGUACCGCAACAUGUACUUUCGUUCCGAGGAAGAAACAAGGAAUUGGGACGCAUCGCCAUGUUUUGCACCAGAGGAAGUGCUGCGAAGCAGUCCAAGCACAUUUCUCGCUAUUGCAGAGUGUGACUUACUUGCACCCGAGGCUAUUCAAUAUGGUAAGGCUCUGCAAAAUUCCGGAGUCAAUGUUGAUGCCCAAAUGUACGCUGGAGCAACGCAUUCUGUACUCAUUUUAGCUGGCUUGCACGAAGUCGGUCAGAAACUGAUACACGAUCGCGACAGUGGCAGCAAGGCAAGAACCAAAACAUCAAAACAUUCCAAACAAAGAACAACGUCUCGCGCAAAUUCAUGGCAUAACAAGUGUAUCCGGAGGCACAUUGUGAUGGAUGUCAUCUCGCUAUCUGAUGGUGGAGAGAACCAUCACAGCGAAGCCGAUCGGCCGCAGGAGCCACCACUCGAUACUCGUACAAGGGCGUGGAAUGGACGUGCUGACCGGCGCCCAAGAAUGGAACACCUGCCUAGAGGGAAUGAUGAUGAGCUGGAUGAGCUUGCAUCGGAUCGUGAAGAUAUUGUCGUCGAGAAAGACGUUCCAUCGUCAGGCGCCAAACCAGUCAUUGUGGGGAUAGACACGCCUCUCCACGCUGCAGUUCGCAAUGAAGAUUAUGAUGCAAUUAACAAAGCGCUGCUGUUCGAGGGUGCGGAAAUAAAUGCCAGAAAUGCCAGUGGGAAGACGGCGCUUCACAUUGCACUUGACGAGAGAAACCUUGGAUUGCUGAAAACGUUGAUGCCGUUUGGCCCAGAUCUGGACCUGAAAAGUCCUGAUGGAAUGGCACCCUUGCAUUCGGUUGUUACUAUGGGAUGGGAAGAAGGGACCAAGUUGCUCCUCCGUUACGAUUUGGAUAUCAACGCGACAAACGCCGACGGAAAUACGGCAUUACACAUCGCCUGCUCGGCUGGUCAUAGAGACAUAGCCCGCGAGCUACUCCAGGAUGGUGCCAAUGUACGUAUCCGUGACUCGGAUGGAAAGACACCACUCCAGCUAGCUGUCGCCAGUCGAACCAGGCGGUUGCCCGAACUGCUCCUGGACUAUGGAGCGAACAUAGAUGAUAUACGCCGCGGAAGGGAAUUGGGGAAUGAGGAUGCCAAGCCAGGAGCGACGCACAAAAAUCCAGCCACUGACCUGAACAAGGAAAUAAAGCAAGAUGCGAUCCAAGCGAAUGGAACAACUGACCUCGAUCCAGUCUUUGCCAAAUUCAGCGCAGACCAUUGGGACGGCGUUCGUCGCAAUAACGGUGAUGGCUUUAUCCUGGCCAACUACGAUAACCACGAUAUAUUCUUUGACGCCAAAGUGGAGAUGAUCCGGUUACUCAUGCACGAGGGACAGGAAAUGCACGCGAUCCAGUUAAAGUUGAACUUCAUGAAGCCGUUUUCGACCAGGAACCGAAUACGUUAUGCCAAAGUGGACGUUAAGUUUGCUGCCUUUAAAUCCGGAAACAUACCGCACAUUCACAGCAUAAUGCCGCAGGCGGAUCGAGUCGAGGUUUCUGAGCAGGAAAUAUCAUCAGGACAGACACUCACGCUAGGGGCAACUGGAGGUGGAGGACCUUCGAAUGUGAAUAUCAGUAUGGAGGGCACAAAAUCACGCAAGUCCACAUUCAAGGGCGUACGAAUCAUUCAUGGAGUUGUCAAGGAUAAGAUGCAUGCAUCGUGGCGCAUGUACGAGGAGCCUGGUAGUCAAAGCGGAUUGCCAGAAAUCGUCCGACUCCUCCUACUCGUUCAAUGUAAAGCAGAAUUUGACGUACAUCUCUCGAUGUCAGUGAAGGCUUGCCAUGUCUCCUCUUUUGGUUUCCCUCGAUCUCUGGUUGCUAAAAGCAAGUCCCCAUAUCGGGUGCCAGAUGUCGCUACUAUGCUGAAGCUUGAGAGAGCGAUGAAACUGAAGAAUAUCCUCAAUGUUGCUGACCGCGCAGCUACUUCGGUCGAAGAAGCGAUAAUGCUAGAACGAGAAUUUGCCCGGUCGAUCGAGAAUCACAGCAAGAAAGCCUUAAUAAUGGAGGCGGGAUCGCGGGAUGACUUUGUGCGAGAAUGGAGUAACAUUGCUGAUGCCUCUCGAGAGGGAGAUUUCAGCAUAUUGCAUGAUAAACUCACGCAACUGGAGCUCAAAGAGUACACACAGCGUGUGACCGAAGAGAUUAUCAUGGAACCCGAACGUAGAUCUACACGAAUCAUUAGAGAGACAACACCACGAAGAUAUCGCUCCCCAUCUUUCAGGCGGAGACGGAGCAAUGACUUUGAAGAUGUGGAGAAAUUCGACAGAAUAUACACCCGAGAACCGGGUAGAAGAUUGGCCGUGGACUCCUUGCGCAGAGAACGGCCGUACAACUCCCAAGCGAGGAACGCUAUGGAGUCAUUUUCAGCCGUAGGGCCGGGUUACAAAGUAUCGAGGUUAGCUUAA